CAGAGUGAUACUUACAACUAAAUACAAGAGAGAAGAAAUGGAGAAUAAUAAUAACAAUAAUUCCCAUGAUCAAUAUGGUAGAAAAGUGAUGAAGGAUGUCUCUCUUCAGGAGCUGAGAGAGAGGCUUGCUGAAUUUUCUAGAGUUAGAGGUUGGGAUCAGUAUCACAGUCCUAGGAACCUUCUUCUAGCUUUGGUUGGAGAAGUGGGAGAGCUAUCAGAGAUAUUUCAGUGGAAGGGAGAAGUUGCAAGGGGGUUACCUAAUUGGACAUCAGAUGAUAAGGAACAUUUGGAGGAGGAACUUUCUGAUGUUUUGCUCUACCUGGUACAGCUAGCUGAUGUUUGUGGACUUGAUUUAGGUCAAGCAGCACUUAUUAAGAUUAUCAAGAAUGCUCAAAAAUACCCUGUUACUAAACCUACUUAAUUAAUUCUCACUAAUUAAGCUAGUUGUGGGAGUAUGUCCUUUUUUGUGGAUUUUAAGUUAUAAAUAAUAAAUCGUUAAUUAUGUAAGAAAUAUUUUAUAUCACUAGCCAAUAGGCACCCCUCCCCCAAAAAAAUAAAAGAAGAAGAAGCUACAUGUAUGUCUGAUCUUGAAAUUAAGACAAGUUGCCUAUUAUAAUGUAUGAGAAUUUUGAGAGUUUUAAGGCAUGCAAUCGAUGAGGCAGUUAUAUUAAAUAAAUUUGAUGAUGUAAAAUUUAUUUACGCUA